GUUGAUGAAAUUGGUGAAACGAUGGCAGACGACUUGAAGCAUCUGUUUUCCACGGAACCCUUCUACUGUUCAAUCCUGUUUGAUGGCAGCACUGACAAGAGCCUCUCGGAAAAAGAAGUAAUUAGUGUUAAGUUGCUUGAGGACGGACUGCCUAGGUUCAAACUUCUUGGAAUUACAGAACCUGGUCAAUGUACUGCUGAGGGCAUAUACAAUGCAAUUACUGCAAAGACUCGAGAAAUGCAGCUUGACAUCAAGACAUGCUGUGUUGCAACAGCAGCUGAUGGAGCUUCAGUUAAUUUUGGGAAAGAAUCUGGUGUACUGGUUCGACUGAAGAAAACAAUGCCAUGGCUUAUAAUGAUACACUGCAUUGCACAUCGUCUUGAGUUGGCCCUGAAAGAUUCAUUCAAGGGUUCAUUUUAUGAACUUGAGGUGAAUUAUAUUCUUGACUUUUUAAGAUCAUGGUAUGUGCUGUCAUGUCUGGAAAAUGCACACAAUACAUGUAAUUUCAAGUAAUAGGGAAGCAUUGUUUAGUAAGACGUCACCUGUAAAAACAAUAUGGUUAGAUUAAUGUAAGGUUCAAAUAACUAUUAAAGGCAAGCUUACAAAUGUACAUUAAACUGACUAAAU